CUGGCAACAAUUCUUCAAAAGAGCACCAGAGGUCUUCCUCAAUCCUGUGUUUCUCUCCGCAUUUUCUCCAAAUCGAUGUGUUCAGUUGAAUUGAAGCCAGCCUGGUGAAACACUUCUUCUCCUUCAAGAACAUGAAAUUUCCUUCUAGAAAAGCUUCAGGUACCUUUGGAAAUGUAGAUCUUUCACAGAUUCUUGGAAAUUCGAUGAUUCUGUCGUAGUUUCUGGAAUUUCCAUAAAAAAGCAAUAGAAAUAGCUUGAUCUUGAUUAAAGUUGCCAAUUAUCUCCUUCUCAUUGAAAGAAUUGUGAAAUUUCACGUGUUCUAACGAAUUUGUUUCGUCAUCAAGUUGUUUUGAGUACAUUUGUGUUUUUUUUUUUUUUUUUUACGAUUGAGUUCAAAACCCUAGCUUUGAUGUGCUUUUUGCAAACUAAAUGAUAGCUAGGCUUCUAGAAGGAUCUGAUUCUCUGGACUGAAAGUGGCGGUGAGUGCUCGUCAACCUCUCUGUUAAUCAGUAUGUUCGAGGUUUUCGUUUUUUGAGGGUUCUUGCUGUUUUUCUUUUGUAUAAUUGGUUCAUUUCUAAUGGAAGAUUGGAAGUAUAAAUGUUUGAUUAAUGCGCUAGGGUUUUUGUCUUGGCAGUGCCCCUUCCACAGGAUUUUUGGGCAUUUUUGAGAAAAUUAGUGGGGAUUAUGCAGGCAGUGUUUCAUGAUUCCCAUGACAAAGGUUUAUGGGAUAAAAGAGGCAGAAAUGUUUUCUGCUGCUCCCAUUUUUCGUUAGGGAGUAAUGGAUAGAGAAGUAACCUGAUGUUCCUUCACUGUUAAUAUAAUCCACAAAGCAUUGAAGAGUAAAAACCACGAGAAAUCAUUACCAUUUUACAAUACUUUAAUAAGCCAUAUAAAAGUGCUUUUUCUUCUACGUGUGUACGAGUCUCUAAAAUGAAGCAUCUACUUUGUUUCUUUAUGUGGAUAUUUGGAUUUUGUUUCUUGCAUCCUCAUCUGUUAAUUAAUUUUCUGUGAGCAGGUUCUUAGUGGACACAGAGAACAGAGUCAACAUCCCUUUGGAUAAAUUGCUGUCUACUUGUAGAGAUCUAGAUGGCAGUGAAACAGUUAUUUUUUCAUUUUUUUAAAAAUUUGGGUGGUGUUUGGAAAUGGAACUCAAAUGGAGUACAAUCUAUCUAGGUGCUUAUGACGAUGAAGAAGCAGCUGCACAUGCAUAUGACUUGGCAGCAUUGAAGUACUGGGGCCAAGACACCAUCCUCAGCUUUCCUGCUGCUGAUCAGGUGGGCUCCAUAGUCUGGAGAUACUUUCUUUUGGGUUACUGCACAUCCAUAUGGUGGCCACCAAAUAAACUCCUGAUCAUGGUAUGCAUGUGCCCAUCUGCUGAGCAUUGACUUUGAACAUCCAUCACCAUCCAUCAUGUGGGGUUUACCAUCCAUCACAGUUUUUAUUUCAAAUGCUUUGUGUGUGUG